UGAUUGUUAUGUCAAUUGGUUUAAGACAUCUAGUUUGUAUCCCAUCAGACACUACAGGGUCCAAUCCAAAGUGAAUACAUCGUCGAGUUCUUCGUGUAAGUGUAGGCUAAACACUGGAACAUACUGCCAAAUUGUGUUGUGUAGUCAAACGCAUUCAGGUGCGAGCAAACAGCUGACGAUGACGUCACUGCGCGUGCAUUUUUAAGUGACGUUUCCGGACGCCGUUGAUGAUGUAGGCAAGUGCCGUCUCUCAUUGAAUCAUUGAAUCAUAAUAAUAUCUACGCUGAGCAAACAUUACUGGAACAAUGCCCAAAUGCUUAAUGCACGCAGUUCGGGACUACAAAUCCGGAAAAUAUGCAGGAGGUAUUGCAUACGACCCUUUUGUGAUGACCACAAGAUCGGGUCUUUCCAUCAACACUGUACCACGUGGUAACAAGUUUACCAACAUGCGCAAAAAUUCCUCAUUGAGGUCAACCUCAGAUGAUGGAAAACUGUCCGUUAAAAAGAAAUCACCCCAGGGCGGUCAUCGCUCCCUACACUCACUUUCGUUUGUAACGCGCUUUUACAUUGGUCGUCGUCUGCCACGCUUGAAUUUGGCGGGAAUCGCAUCAAAGGAGCGUGUUCAUUGGAGAGAUGAACUACUUUCGCUGUGUGAGAUUAAAAAGGCAGAAUGCCAAAAACUUGGUCCAAACAUUUCUGGAAAGUGUUCGGAGUACAGCGAAACGGUCUGUCACAAUGCAAUGGUGAAUUUGUGGAAGGGAGCAAGUUCUUCACAUAACACAUCUGACAGCAGCCGUCUGCAAGAAACGAACGCCAAGCUGUCUUACAUUUCACCCAAGUGCACUGAGACUGAUCCAUCGUGCAGUGGUCUUAGCCUGACAAAAGAAGGCCAUCUCUGGUACCAGCAACGACUGAUGCCGUCUGAACCAGGAUUACCUCUAGCUGAGCUUGACUCGUUGCCAAAUGGUUUUCCCAGAAAGCUGGUUACACCAAGUGUAUUUCCCUCGACAUCCACUACACCUUCUUCACGGAAUCCUUCAGCAGGGGGCAACAGCCUGUUAUGUAACACGAGUACCUCGGACAUUGAUAUGGCUGAGUCUGCGAGGGGGAAAAGAGCAAGCGCUAACCUUUACGACGAGAGCGAGGGCGAAGGAAACGUUGACGAAGCCGAUAUGAAAUUUCCCGAAUGCGACGGCGAUUACCAAGUGAAAUCGUCCUACAAACAGCUCGUCUGGACAAAUGGGAGCAGUCGAAACGCGUGCAAUAUCUGCGGAAAGAUCUUCUCUCGCUCCUGGCUCUUGAAAGGUCACGUGCGCACGCAUACCGGGGAACGCCCCUUCCGGUGUACUUUUCCCAACUGUGAUAAGGCUUUUGCGGACAAAUCGAAUCUCCGUUCUCAUUUGUUGAUUCAUAAAACUGAGAGGAAGACCUAUUCCUGUCCCAAGUGUUCUCGAUCUUUUGCCCAGAAACGUUACCUGCACAAGCAUAUGCAGGAAGUGUGCCGAAUGCUGUGACCUGUUCCAAAGGACUAUUUCUAUUUAUAAGUGUGUGCCGAAUGCUGUGACCUGUUCCAAAGGACUAUUUCUAUUUAUAAGUGUGUGCCGAAUGCUGUGACCUGUUCCAAAGGACUAUUUCUAUUUAUAAGUGUGUGCCGAAUGCUGAAACUGUUCCAAGGAUGUCAGAUGUUAUAUGACUGACUUUUUUAAGUGUGCGUGUCGGAUACUAUGACUUGUUGUAAAGUAAAGUGUGCCGAAUGUUACAAGUUCUGAGUGUGUGAAAUGCUAAUUUGACUGUACGUGUGUUGAAUGCUAUGACUUGUUUUAACUGUACCUGGUGCAAUGGCCAGUCCCAAGUAUGUUGAGUGAUAGGAUUGAGGAUGUCGAGUGAGGUGGACUUGUGACGAAUGCUCGGAGUGGUCAUGAGUGUGUCGAAUGCUAUUAUACGUUCUAAAUGUGCCAAAUUUUAUAAUUAACUCUAAGUGUGUGUGUCUGAUUCCCUGGCUGGUUCUGGCAUUAGACAUUUGCUGUUGAUAAACUUCAAUUAACUUAGAACUGAAUUAAGUUGUGCAAGAAUUUUUUAAAUCUUGUUCAAUUGUUAAUUUGCUUUACAAUAAUUUAUGGAAUAAUUAUCCUAUUGUUAUUUUGUUUUGGUGCAUAUGUAUAUUGUGAAAUAUAGCCAGGGCUUUAAUCUCA